AUGAAAGCGCCAACAAGCCUCCAGCAUCACGCCUUACACCGUGUGUCGCUUUUACCGGGUCGGGCCAAUCACGCAGUCAGCGCCUGCGCAGGACGGCGCCGCACGAUUUUGACUGGUACCUCUACUACGGCCGCUCGCCUUGCCUCAUCAAAGAUGGGUCUGGGUGGUGGUGCGGCUGGUGGCGCCCCGCCCCCUCCAUCUGCCACCAAGUUCUCUGCUGCAGCUUCUUCUCGCUUCCCCUCCUCCGCCUCCUCCUUCUCCUCCUCCCCAUCGCCACUUCAGCGCACCUCUCAAAUCGCAAAUCACCUCCAGAGCAACGCGCCGCGCACGCACCGUGCCCUGUCCACCAUGGCGUCCUCGUCCGCUUACACGGUCCGCAAGAUUGAGGCUCCCAACACCCUCAAGCACCGAGUCUACAUUGAGAAGGAUGGCGUCCCCGUCUCCCCCUUCCACGACAUCCCGCUCUACGCCAAUCAGGAGCAGACCAUUCUGAACAUGGUUGUCGAGAUUCCUCGAUGGACUAAUGGCAAGCUAGAGAUCUCCAAGGAGGAACUCCUCAACCCCAUCAAGCAGGAUGUGAAGAAGGGCAAGCUUCGCUUCGUCCGCAACUGCUUCCCCCACAAGGGCUACCUCUGGAACUACGGUGCCUUCCCCCAGACUUGGGAGGACCCCAACUCCGUCCACCCCGAGACCAAGGCCAAGGGUGACAACGACCCUCUCGACGUCUGCGAGAUUGGCGAGCUUGUCGGCUACCCUGGCCAGGUCAAGCAGGUCAAGGUUCUCGGUGUCAUGGCCCUCCUUGACGAGGAGGAGACUGACUGGAAGGUCAUCGUUAUUGACGUCAACGACCCGCUCGCUCCCAAGCUCAACGACGUUGAGGACGUUGAGCGCCACCUGCCUGGCCUCCUUCGUGCCACCAACGAGUGGUUCCGCAUCUACAAGAUCCCCGACGGCAAGCCCGAGAACCAGUUUGCCUUUUCCGGCGAGUGCAAGAACAAGGCUUAUGCCCUCGACGUCAUUCGCGAGUGCGGCGAGGCCUGGGAACGUCUCAUCACUGGCAAGACCCCCGCCGGCGACGUCUCUAUCGCCAACGUCACCGUGUCUCACUCUCCUGCUCGCAUCACCCCCGACCAGCUCCCUCCUCUGCCUGCCAACCAGGAGAUUCCUCCUGAGAAGAUUGACAGCUCCAUUGACAAGUGGUUCUUCAUCAGCGGCGCCUCUGCUUAA